AUGGCAGCCGAACUGACAUCACCAACAACACCGCCAUUCACCGUUCGUCACCAUAAAAUUUACUGUCAGUUACCCGGCUGCAGCAGGCGAGCCACCCCAUUUGCGACGGUGGCCGCCUGGAAGACUCACGUCAGAAGGGCUAACUGCCAUAAUACUAACAAUUUAUGCACCUGGUGCGGGCAUAAUGUCAACAUGCCCGACGGCCUCUCGGCGAGGCAGGUGACGAUACGCAUGGACGCGCAUCGCGCCGAGAGAUGCGCUUCGGCCCCCAAAAAGAUCCUGGGGGCACGCAUUGAGACCGCCGAACGCCUCAGGGAGCUCGGCCGUGAUUAUUCAUACAUCGCGGUCCCCUGA